AUGCUGCUGGACGCCGGUCCGCAGUUCCCGGCCCUCGGCGUGGGCACCUUCGCCCGGCACCACCACUCGGCCGCGGCGGAGAUGCAGGACCGGGAGCUGAGCCUGGCGGCGCAGAACAGCUUCGUGGACUCGGCAGCGGCGCACAUGGGCGCCUUCAAGCUCAACGCCGGCGCCCACGACCUCUCCCCCGGGCAGAGCUCGGCGUUCACCUCGCAGGCGCCCGGUUAUCCCGCCGCCGCCCUGGGGCCCCACGCCGCCCAUGUCGGCUCCUACUCCGGGGCGCCCUUCAACUCCACACGGGACUUCUUGUUUCGCAGCCGGGGCUUCGGGGACUCGUCGCCGGCCGGCGGACAGCACGGCAUCUUCGGCCCUGCGGCCGGCAGCCUGCACCACCCGCACACGGACGCUCAGAGCCACCUCCUCUUCCCGGGCAUCCACGACCAGCACGGCCCCCACGCCUCCCAAAACGUCCUCAACGGACAGAUGCGACUGGGCUUGCCGGGGGAGGUAUUCGCCCGCUCGGAUCAGUACCGCCAGGUUUCCAGCCCCAGGACUGACCCUUACUCGGCGGCUCAGCUGCACAACCAGUACGGCCCCAUGAAUAUGAACAUGGGCAUGAACAUGGCAGCCCACCACCACCACCACCCAGGUGCCUUUUUCCGAUACAUGCGGCAGCAGUGCAUCAAGCAAGAGCUCAUCUGUAAGUGGAUCGACCCCGAGCAGCUGAACAACCCCAAAAAAAGUUGCAAUAAAACUUUCAGCACCAUGCACGAGUUGGUCACCCACGUCUCGGUAGAGCACGUUGGGGGACCCGAGCAGAGCAACCAUGUCUGCUACUGGGAGGAGUGUCCCCGCGAAGGCAAGCCCUUCAAAGCGAAAUACAAACUGGUCAAUCAUAUCCGAGUGCACACGGGAGAGAAACCCUUCCCCUGCCCCUUCCCUGGCUGCGGAAAAGUUUUCGCCAGAUCAGAAAAUCUCAAAAUUCACAAAAGGACGCACACAGGGGAGAAGCCCUUCCAGUGCGAGUUCGAAGGCUGUGACCGUCGUUUCGCCAACAGCAGCGACCGCAAGAAGCACAUGCACGUCCACACCUCGGAUAAGCCCUACUUGUGCAAGAUGUGCGACAAGUCCUACACGCACCCCAGCUCCCUGCGGAAACAUAUGAAGGUGCACGAAUCGUCCCCGCAAGGUUCCGAAUCCUCCCCGGCCGCCAGCUCCGGCUACGAGUCCUCCACCCCGCCGGGGCUGGUGUCCCCUAGUGCCGAGUCGCAGAGCACCAGCAACCUCUCCCCGGCGGCGGCGGCGGCAGCGGCAGCGGCGGCGGCCGUGUCCGCCGUUCACCGGGGCGGCGGCGGCGGCAGCGGCGGCGGCGGUGGCGGCCACAGCGGUCUCUCCUCCAACUUCAAUGAAUGGUACGUGUAGGGCCCCGCCGGACUGCUCUGCACGGCCCCGCAGCGCCCUCCCCGCCCCGGCGGCGGCGGCGGCGGGCAGGAGGGAGCGAGCGAGCCCGCCGGAGACGCACCGGGAGGUGCCGCCGCACCCGCCAGCAGCGAAAUGACGGCCGAACAGGAUGGGGACGGGGGACCUUCAUCUCCCCACACCCUCCCGCCUUCGCGUCUUUUUUUUUUUGUUGGAUUUUUUUCUUUCUUUUUCUUUUUGAGAACGUUUCGAACCAGCAAAAAAUAAUCUAAAAAGUACGUGCCGAAAAACAUAAAAGAAUGGGUAAAUCUAUAGAGGAAUGGAAAGGAGAGAGAGAAAGAGAGGAAAAAACCAACCCCAAACGCCACCAACACAUCCCUCAAUAAAAAGCUUCCCAAGCCGAUGGAAAGAAACUCUCCCUCCAGAGCCUUCAGACAAAAGAUCAGAGACUCAAACUCCUCUGGCCCCUGCGCCUCCCCGCCAGCGCAGCCAGCGCCCUCCCGCCCUACGAACUGUGUAUAUAGCGGCCCUCUCCUUCCUCCGGCGAGGUGGGGAACGAGGUUUUCCUGGAUUCUCGGUGUAUAGAAGUUCGUCCCGUUUGUAAACCGCGGAUUGGUCCCUUUCUUCUUCCUUUUUUUUUUCCUUUUUUGUAAGUCUUUUUUUUUCCCAUCUUCCUCCCUCCCUGAGAAAGUGAAGGACUUGUUUUCUUUUGUCCUGGUCUCCUUCCCCACCUCCCUCUUUUCUUCCUUUUUAGUUCACCCUUUUAAAAAAAGUAACGUGGAAGAAAAAAAUUGUUUCUUUUGUAAUUGUGAUAUCUUGAAUAUUGUGUUCCUUUUUAAGAGGCAACUUGAUUGUAAACUGUAUUUCAACUAUAGACUGGGGAAGAAAUACCGUGCCAAAGUCUCCAUUCUGUUACUUACAGACACUCACACAAACAACAACGCUUGUGAAUGUAUUUUUCUGUUAGCUGGGUUUAUAUGUGACGUUUUAGUGCUUUUGCAAGUUCAAUUUGUUAGUUCCUGUUCGGAAGAUUGUGAGGAAAAAUAAACGUUGUGCCGUUAGCUUUUCUGUAAUAACACCCUUCCUCCUGUAAAUACCUGUUACCAUAUUUAUCCAUUUGUAAUUAAAUUAUGGUAUUAACUUGCUACAGAGGAAACAGUAUUUAUAAAGAAUGUUUCUUAACUAUAAAUAUGUACAAUUGUGAGCAUAAACUGUUUCAGAUUUUUUAUUUGAAGGUUUAAGUGGUUUCAUCAUUUCUUGUGAUAUGUUUUGAGAGUAAUGCAUACAGAAAUAUAAUAAAACGUGUUGAAACUGCA